AUGCUCGCUUUCUUCAUUUUACAACCAGAGACUAGCGCACUGGGAAAGAGCCGCGCGGCACACGGUGCUUCGCGCUGCUCUCGUUGCUCGCUCGCGCCACUCUUUCCGCAUUCGUCGCGUUCCGCAUCUCUCGCCACUCCAGCCAUGGCACCCCACGAUGACGUGGCGAAUCAUCCACCUGUGCCUGAUGACGUGGCAAGUCGUCCCCGCGUGUUGGUUCUGGGCUCUCCCUCUGUCGGCAAAACCACCCUCGCACACCGGCUCACAGGUGCACACCCCCACGAGUACAGCAGCACAAGCUCCAACACGGCUGCAGGAGAGUGUUUCAGCUGGCAGGUAGACACCAAGUAUUACACGGCAGCAGUGGCCGUGUGGACGGCGCGCCUCUCCUCCGUGCUGCCCUGCAGCACCACCAGCCCCGCCUCGCCCCUCGUGAGAGGAGUUGAGGCGCUGCUGCUCGUCUUCGACCUCUCCAAUCCAGCGUCAUUCGCGGCCGUGCAGAGGUGGGCAGAGCGGGCAGACCUGAGUCGCUUUGAGAUCCGCCUAUGCGUCGGCAACAAGGCAGACCGGGUGCGGCGAGGGGGCAGUGCGGGUGAGAGAAGCAGGCGUGGGCGGCAGAGAGGAGGGGGGAGAGACGGGGAGGAGCAGAGUGACUUUGAUGGCGCCAUGCUGCUGGGCGCAGGCAGGGGGGAUGGGGAGGAAGCGGGGGAGGGGGAGGGAGAGAAGGCAGAAGCUGGGGAAUCUGUGGAUGCGGGAGAAGUGGAGAGGGAGUGGAGCAGCGAGGGGGCAGGAGAGGGAGGUAGAGGGCAGGAAGGGGAGGUGAGGCGGCGGCAGUGCGAGGAGUGGUGUGCGGAUAACGGCAUCGAGUACGUGGAGGCGUGUGCUGCCCAUGAGGAGAUUGACGCUGGUGAGUGGGGAGUGGGCCUGAGUGAGUACGUGGAGGCAUGUGCAGCCAGCAAGGCAAUGGGUGCCGCCCUGGGCACGGACGGAGAGAUGCAAGGCAUACAGCGCAUCCGCACGGCCCUGGGCGCGCACAUGUGGCCGGGGCUGGCACUCAAGGCGCCAGGGGGGGCGCGGGGUGCUCCCAUGCAGGGGCUGUCGCAGCUCAUGGGGCUGGCGGGCAGCCAUGCAUCACACACGCAUGAAGGCCAACCCGACUCACCGCAUUCGUCCUCGGCAUCAGAGGAGAGCACCGACACUGACAGCGACAGCGACCCCGCGUCCUUGGACCCAACGCACUUCCCCUACCACCGCCUCGACGACGCCCCUGACCCUGCGCUGCCCCACUCGCCGCCCGCCCACCCCUCCCUCGUCUCCGCUCCCUGCGCUGCUUCUUCUGCCAGCAAUGGGUCUGUGCCUGCUGGUGAGGUUGGCAGUGCAGCUGGUGCUGGUGUUUCUGGUGAAACUGCUGGUGUUGCCGGUGAGGCUGCCGGGAAGGACGAGGAACGGAAGGAGAAAGAGGAGGGGAGCGAGGCGGAUGAGGAUUUUGGGCCUGACCGCACUGAUAGUGACACCCGUGAGGGGGUGCACUUGCACCCGUUUGACCACGGCGAUGCUGACGAGGCAAGGGCGGACAUGGACGGCAUGGAGCGUCUGUUUCUGCAGGUGGCGUCGGUGCGCAGCAGCCUGCAGAACGCGCCUGAUGCUGUUCGGCGCGACACGGCCGCCCGGCUGGCCAUGCAGAUUGCACAGAUGCUGGGGGGCGAUGAUGAUGAUGCCCGCAUUCGCCGCGCUCCGCAUCUCUCGCCACGCGAGCUGACCGCAUUGAUUGCGAAUCGAGUGCUUGCUGCCCUCCACGCCCUCGUGCCGCCAUGCCCCCUUGUCCCUUACAUCACUUCGGGCGAGUGUGGAGCUGCAGCCGACCCCUACGUCGAGUGCGACCCCCUGCUGGUGCUGCUGGACGUGCUGCUCUUAAAGCCCCAGGCGCACCGCCAUGUGGUGCACAACCUCGUGCUUGCCUCACCCACGCCCCAUGCACGCCCGCUGUGCCUCGCCACAGCCCUCAUUCUGCUCUGCCAUGCCACGCUGCUGGUGUUCCGGGCGGCACACGGCAUCACAGUUGACCCUGCACACCUUCUCUCCCUCCCCAUCAUCGCCCAGGGUGUGGCGGUGUCUCUCCUCUCCAAGCUCCUCUUCCUCGCUCUCGUCUUCUUCUCCCUGCCCGCCGCCCGACACCUGCUGAGCUGGCUGCCUGCAAUUGGGCCACCUCAAGCAGCCAGCAGUCAGAAAAAGCCACAUAGUGUGCCCUUCCCAGUGGUCUUCUACAGCCUGCUCCUCUCCAGCCCUCCGGAGUGCCUUGCACUCCCGCUUCUGAUAUGGAAGUACGAGUGGGGCAUGCUCUUCCUCUCCGUGCAAGUGCUGCUCUUCGUCUCACACAUCGCCUCCUUACAAGCUGUUUCCUUCAUCCCAUGGCCAGCAGCAGCAGCAAGCAUAGCAUGUGGGCACAUGGCCAUACAUGCAUUUGAGGCUAGAGCAUGUGCCAUGCUUGCUCAAAGCUAUUGGAUGGCGGGGCGGGCGGGGCGCGACAAGGGCGCGCUGCGCGCGAUGAUGCGCGAGAUGGCGCAGAAGACGGAGAAGCGCAUCGACUCCCCGCUCGUGAGGUACAACGAACUGGGGCAGGCCGUGUGCCGAGUCUGCACCACCGUGAUCAAAUCCGAAAGCCUCUGGGCGGCACAUCUUGUCAGCAAGCAGCACAAGGAGAGUGCGGAGCGGCUCAAGCAGAGGGCCAAGGCCGCAGCACCGCCCGCUACCGCCGGUGCCACCAGUGCAGCGCCGCGACCCACAGCGGCAACAACCCCGGCAGCACCAGGUGGCGGGAGGCCUGCUGCUGCUUCUGCUGCCGGCGCCCUCCCGAGUGACUUCUUCGAUUCCGCAUCGGCGGCUAAACGGCCCCGCCAUG